AUGAUGAACGGUACUGACCUCAAGAAUGCCGUUCUGAACCCGGCAAAGAAAGUAGCGACAACCGCAGCCCUCGCAGCCAACAGCAACGGUCAAAAGAAGCGACGGAAAGGCGACAACCUCAAACCCAUCAUCACCACAGAGAACGCGUCCUCGAGUCUUCACGAAAGCCCCACCCAAGUAGAACCAGAAUCACCCUCAUCAUCCACCUCAGAAGAGGACCCUGCCGAAACCACGGCCGACGAAGAAGACUCCGAAGACUACUGCAAGGGCGGCUAUCAUCCCGUCCAUGUGGGAGAGACAUAUAACAACGGCAAAUAUGUUGUUGUGAGGAAGUUGGGAUGGGGCCACUUUUCGACGGUUUGGCUAUCAAGAGAUACAACCACCGGCAAACAUGUCGCCCUGAAGGUUGUUAGAUCAGCAGCGCAUUACACGGAGACGGCCAUUGACGAGAUCAAACUAUUGAAUAAGGUCAACCAAGCAAAUCCUAAGCAUCCCGGUCGCCGAUACGUCGUCAGCCUUCUCGAUUCCUUCGAACAUAAAGGUCCCAAUGGUGUUCAUGUGUGUAUGGUCUUUGAGGUUCUGGGCGAAAAUCUUCUGGGCUUAAUUAAGAGAUGGAAUCAUCGAGGCAUCCCCAUGCCUCUGGUCAAACAGAUCACGAAACAAGUCUUGCUCGGACUGGAUUAUAUGCACCGCGAAUGCGGAAUCAUCCACACCGAUCUGAAGCCGGAGAACGUCCUUAUCGAGAUCGGCGAUGUGGAACAGAUUGUCAAAGCCUUCGUAAAAGAUGAAAAAGAGUCAAGUAAAGACGACAACAGAAACGGUCGGAGACGGAGACGGACCCUCAUCACCGGCAGUCAGCCUUUACCGAGUCCACUCAAUGCCAGCUUCACGAAUUUGGACAAACUCGGAAACAGUCAUCAACACCAGGCGAGCAGCUUGAACCAAGUCAUCAAUGAGUCCGUCAACAACUCUUCAGAAGGCCUGUCUAUGAUCGAGCAGUUGAGACUGAAGAAUCAAUCGAAAGACGGCGACGAACCCGGGAAGACCAGAGAAGGUACAGCUGAUCCUUUGGAGAAAGACUUGGCUGGGGUCACACUCGAGAACAAGAAUGCUGAGAAGGUGUGGAAAGCGGCAAAGAAUCAAGACGAUCCUCUAAGUGAGAUCAUCUCUGUCAAGAUUGCUGAUCUCGGAAAUGCCUGUUGGGUGAACCAUCAUUUUACCAAUGAUAUUCAAACUCGGCAGUACCGAUCGCCAGAAGUGAUUCUGGGCGCGAAAUGGGGUGCCAGCACGGAUGUCUGGAGUAUGGCUUGCAUGGUUUUCGAGCUCAUCACCGGAGAUUAUCUCUUUGAUCCUCAAUCGGGCACGAAAUACGGAAAAGAUGACGACCACAUUGCACAGAUUAUCGAACUCCUCGGUCCUUUUCCCAAGUCAUUAUGUCUUUCUGGCAAAUGGUCUCAAGAGAUCUUCAACAGGAAAGGCGAACUACGCAACAUUCACCGAUUACGACAUUGGGCGCUCCCAGACGUUCUCAGGGAAAAGUAUCAUUUCUCGGUUGAGGAAGCCAAGAGAAUUGGAGAUUUCCUGCUCCCAAUGCUGGAGUUGACGCCAGAAGCACGAGCAAAUGCUGGCGGCAUGUCCAAUUCUGAGUUUCUCAAGGCCACCAAGGGCAUGGAAUCUGUCACCGUAGAUAUUCCGAUGGGCACCAAGGGGGAUGGCAUCGAAGGGUGGUCUACGGAGAUCAAGAAACGAUGAUAUGUGUUUUCAGUUGUGUGAAUGACAGGGGACAUACAUGUCACGUACCGAAUAAAUGACCUUGAGGCGGAUGGCAGGAUGUCUUUAUGAAUGAAUCACGAAUCUUGCCCCUGUAGGGGAUUUGUUCUUGUCUUCUUCAUGAUCACUUGACAUGAGGAUGUGGAUAUAGAAGUGGCCACCAUUUAUAUUUGUGUGAGCUUGACCUCUCAAAUGGUGAGGAAUGUUAUACAAGGGAAGCUGAUGUGCCUGUUCGGUGGGUAGUGUUUCUGAUUGCUCAGCGGUACAUGUUUUUGAGGUUUCCUUCCACAAUGCCCCUUCCCUUGCGACUGUCUCGGGCCCUGGUGGGAGGCUGACACAAUAUUUGAAGUUUCAAGCAGC